AUGCCGUUAACCCAACCUGAAAACGAGCAAGUUGCUGUCGUCUCCACCGCGCCGGCGGCAGCGGCCGCUCCUCCACACACGCGAAAUAAUCAAAUCAUCAAGCCCCUACCCCCUCCCACCUUACCAGCGCGCCCCGAAAGGCGCUGUCUCCGAGGGGGUCCCGGGGGCUCCCGGUGCGAGCUGGCGGGGCCAGGGGUGCCCGGAGGACGCGGGCUCCGGCCCAUGGCACUCUCCCGGCGGCGGCAGCUGCGCCGCCAAAGCCCCGGGCCCCAGCGGCCCCCCACUCCUCACUCGCGCGCUCCCACACUGCCUCCCCCCUCCCCGGGGGAAGGCCUUUUAAUUUAUUUAUUCUGCUGGGACUUAGGUGGGGGGCUAGGCUGGCGGGGGAGGGGGUGUCCCCGGGCUCUACCUCCCGUGGCCGGGGCUACCCUCGGAGCCGCGGCCGCCCCGGCGAGCGCCUCGGGCCUCCAAAACUGUUUCCAAACUGCCAGCGCCGGAGGUCCGGGAGUGGCGGCGGCCAAUCAGCGCGCGGCUUCCAUUUUAGCAGUAAAUAGUCCUCAGCGAAGCCGCCUUUUGCCAACCCAACCCUGGAAAAUUUGCAGAAGUGGAAGGAGCAGACAAUGCCAUGAGAGUGUAACUUACAAAAAGGCACUUGGCUGGAGAAGGGACAGCGUACCCGGUGCCCCAGUACGGACACUCCCUCCUUGUUUGGACAGCGGGAGCAGGCCUAGGUUGGCUCUGACAGUCCUCCCACCGAGUUGCCAGGUGACGGUGAUGCUGUGGGUCUGGAGACACAUCUGGAGAACCUCUGCCAAGUUAAUACCUGGGGUGGGCGUGAGGUGGAGGGUAUACGGGAGAGCCGCCUCUCAGCUUCUCAUCCAGGCAGCACACGAGUUGGUCUCCAUUAUUGUCGUGAUUAUUGCUGGGAGUGGCUGCAGGGAGCAGGGCUGGGCCGGCGGCCAGCUCCUCCCGUCCUCAGGGAGCACGUGGCGGGGCCUGAGGGCAAAGGGGACAACUGGCUUUCCUGGUGCAGAGAGCCAGCACUGCUCUUCCUGUAAGUUUUGACCUGGGUCUCCACGGGCUGCACCGUGAUGGGGUCAUGAUUUGGGGUCGCCCACCCACUGCCCAGAGUAGAAGUGACUCACCAAAGGUCGCAAGGAUGGGGUUCCAGGUGUCCUGACUUAGAGCCCAGCGCCUUGGCCCUAGCA